UCUCUCUCUCUCUCUAGAAGUCAUCAACGAAAGAGAGCUUUUUCCGUGCGAUAUUUUGCCGUCGUUGGUUUACAUUCUCUCCACUCCUUUUUCCCAUCUCGACUAUGCUCUCUCUCUCUCCUCCCUCCCUCUCUCUUUCUCUCUCUAACUCUCCGUUCUGAAGUGUUUGUUCAUGGCUGUCUCCGCUUCUAUUCUUCCCUUCACGUUCCGUUCCACCCUCAAUGAUUUUGCUCCGUUCGAACCCUCUAGGCUGGACUCUUUCCUCACCUGGUGACGAAAUACCAAGACCCAUAUUGGAGUUUCUCUUCUAAUUCCUCGGGAUCAUUGAGAUCGGUGGGGGUGUUGUCGAGUGGUUUUCCUUGGAAGGGGUAAUGCUUUGAGACGUGGGUUCUGCUCCAAAGAGUGAGGGCCGUACAUCGCCUCCGGGUACAUAGAUCUUGCUGCUGUCUGUAUUGGGCGUGCGCUCUUUCGGCCUUGGUUCGGCUAUAGGAGCAAAGGGUAUGAAGAAUCUUUAGUUGUGAGGCUGAAAAAGACGAGCUUUGCGGCCAUGCACGGAGAGUCCGUUGUGCGACAGUGAGAUGAGGAUGGAUGUGCUUCGGUCUGCUGCUUCCGGUUCGUUCGGUGUGAAUCUGGAGAAGAUGGUGGUGAAAGACUAGCGGAUUGAGCCCACGGACGGGCCCGCGAGCUCGACACCCGCGCUGUGUGAGCUUCUUCCCGGUAGUUUGUGACGGAUUCGACUAGGGAAAACGGGGAGUGCGGCUGUUUGGCUGGCCUGGAGUGCAUUCUGAACAUCAUCAGGGCGCUGAAAGGGGGCUCCUGCUUGCCUGUGGAGAGCAGGAGCCCCGGCCAUGGCUCUCCGACGAGAACUGGGAAUCCCUUAAGGAGAGGACCCGAUGAACCGCUGCACAAGCUUCCGGGGAGGAUGUGCUUGAAUGGUUCCAGCGAGGUCGCCUCUCUUUUUACUCUUCAAGGAAAGAAAGGGACCAACCAGGAUGCCAUGAUUGUCUGGGAGAACUUCGGGUCCAGGACAGACACGAUAUUCUGUGGUGUCUUUGAUGGACAUGGUCCAUUUGGUCAUUUGGUGGCAAAGAGAGUCAGGGAUUCUCUUCCGCUGAAAGUAAGUGCUCACUGGAAAGUCAAUCUGAACAGUGAAGAUCUCCAAAGAGAGAUCAGCAUCAACACCAUGGGAGGCAUGUCUCCUGGAGAGACUGCCUUCGUAUCUGCUGGUGAAGAACCAAGGGCCUUCGCUGAGCUUGAGGAAAUAGAAAAGCAGGUCCAAAUGCUGAAAGAAUCAUUUUUGAAGGCUUUUAAAGUGAUGGAUAGAGAACUCAGAAUGCAGAAGAAAAUUGAUUGCUUCUGCAGUGGCACUACAGCAGUUGCAUUAGUCAAACAGGGUCAUCGUGUUGUCAUCGGAAAUGUGGGAGACUCCAGAGCUGUCCUGGGUACACGAGACAAAGACGGUUCUCUUAUUGCAGUUCAGUUGACUGUGGAUCUAAAACCCAACAUUCCAGCGGAAGCAGAGAGGAUUCGCCGAUGUAGGGGGAGAGUUUUUGCACUUAAAGAUGAACCAGAAGUUGCCAGGGUUUGGUUGCCAAACAAUAACUCUCCUGGCCUCGCAAUGGCUCGGGCUUUUGGAGAUUUCUGCCUUAAAAAUUUUGGUCUAAUCUCUGUGCCUGAUUUGUCAUGUCUCAGCCUAAGUGAGAAAGAUGAAUUUAUUGUCUUGGCUACCGAUGGGAUCUGGGAUGUGCUGUCUAACAAGGAAGUGGUAGAAAUAGUAGCAUCGGCCCCUGCACGUUCCUCUGCAUCAAGAGCAUUGGUUGAGCGUGCUGUUAGAGCUUGGAGGCACAAGUACCCUACUUCAAAAGUUGAUGACUGCGCUGCAGUCUGCCUUUUCCUUGACAUGAGCAACUCAUCUGCUGCGUCCAGUGCAAAGUCCCACGAGCAGCUCGCUUCUGUGGAUGAUCGAUCUGAGAUGAUCAGUGAGAAAGAUCUGGUGAUCUCAAGACCCAUCGAAAGUGACUCAGAGAUCACGACUGAAGAAAGCAAUGAAGAUGCGGCAAAGCUGGAAGAAAUGCAGUCAGAAUCAGAAACGGAGUGGUCUGCCCUAGAAGGAGUGUCUCGUGGGAACACUCUAGUAGAUCUUCCCGGGUUUGUGCCAGAGAGGGAGGACAAAAGGAAGAAUGCUGGAAAGAGGAGCCAUAUGUAAUCAAGCGCUAAGAAUGUGUGCUCAUGUGCUUUUUGUUACUUCAGUUUCAUCUGAAUAAACUCUGCAAUCCUUUUCCGUGCUUUGUAGCCACAGAGAUGAUUAUUGGGGGGUCCAUGAUAGUUGUUAAUUUGUUCCUGGGAGGUGGCCCAGUCUGUAUUAGAGUGUCUGGGGGAUUUUCUCUCCUGGUGUAUACCGCAUAUCAAUUUUUGUAAAAUCCACCGUGUCAAUAGUCAUUCUUUGAUAAUUAUGUAUUAUGAUGGUUAAUAUGAAUGUGGUAGUGUUCAUCUUAAUCAUAUUUAGUAGAAGUUGAACUUUGUUCCUCA